CUUGCCUUCACUGCGCCCCGGCAGGGAUAGGCCACUGUUUGGCAGCUUCCCAUCCGAGCCAUCCUGCGUAUAAAGCAUCCGCCACAGCGCAACGGUUCCUGCCCUCCCCCUCUCACAUUACACACCCAGGGAUCAGUCCAUCUGGCCGCCAUCUGCUUCACGACCAUCGCGUCGAGACUUGCCCGAACAACACCCAAUUCGAUGAAGGAAGCUUCCAAGCAGCAGACCAAAUCGCAUGGCGACAUUCAUCGCUCGCCGAGAAGACCAGACUCCAACCCGGUUCCCGUAAAGGGUGGUUCACACAACCUGGAACCCUCCAAAUCCAGCAAUGGCAACCCAGCUUCGUCCUCGCCCAACGGCACUCCCGGUGGCGGCGGCCCCGGACUCGAAUCUGCUCAACCGGCACCGGCUACUGACCCGGACAGUAGUAGUAGUGGCCACGCCAUCAAUACAUCGCCGGCUGCACAAUCGGGGUUUGUCUUAGGGGACGAUGAGAAGCAGGAUGUCAACAAAAAAGAAAAGAAGCCCGUCAUGCAGCGGUUCUGGUACACCACCAAGGCGAUCGUGCUCUCUUCCAAGAUCAACGUGCUCCUCGUCUUUGUGCCGGUCGGCAUCGCCGUCGCCCAGAUCCACAGCAUGUCCCCGGCUGUCAUCUUCGCCAUGAACGCCGUCGCCAUCAUCCCGCUGGCCGGCCUUCUGAGCUUCGCUACCGAGUCGGUGGCCCAUAGACUUGGAGACUCACUUGGUGCUCUGCUGAAUGUCACGUUUGGUAACGCUGUAGAGCUGAUUAUCUUCAUUGCACUCGUCAAGGACCAAAUCCGCAUCGUCCAGGCCUCGCUCCUUGGCUCUAUCCUGGCCAACUUGCUGCUGAUCUUGGGCAUGUCGUUUUUUCUCGGAGGCUUGCGUUACCGCGAACAGAUCUACAAUAGCACCGUGACUCAGAUGAGCGCCUGUCUGCUGAGCCUGAGCGUCGUCAGCCUCGUCCUGCCGACCGCUUUCCACGCUUCGUUCAGUGACAUCAACCUUGCCGAUAGACAGUCUCUAAGGGUUAGCCGCGGAACUAGCGUGAUUCUCUUGCUGGUGUACAUUGUGUACCUGCUCUUCCAGCUGAUCUCGCACUCGUACCUCUACGAGUCGACGCCCCAGCACAUCAUCGAUGAGGAGGCAACGCCCGGCCCUGCGGCCAACUGGCUCGACUCCUCGAGCUCCGACAGCAGCUCCUCCAGCGAUUCGGAUUCGUCAGACUCGGAACACUCCCGAAACACUAUGUCGAAGCGGAUGAGACGGGUUAUGCGUCGCCGCCGGAGGUCCAGUGUAGUCUCGUCGGAUACCGGCGAGCUUAGUCCCGUUUUUGCCCGUACACCCCCGACAGACGAUCCUAAGUCGGAAGAAUCCUCGUCUCGCCCGCCCAUUCUUCAUCAGAAGCCGAGCGGCGGCGGAAGCGAUGAGAUGGAAGAAGACAAGUCCCAUCGUCAUGGGAAGCGCCACCGCCGUCGACUGCCGAGACGGAAGCACCGCAAGCGCAAACACUCCCCCGAAGCCGUGGUCGAGGAGAACACCGAGGCUGAACCUUCGGGCGGUGAAGCUCAGAGAGUCGAGUUCGCUACCGACACGAUCGAUCACCAAAACUCGACUGGGGAACCACGGACUCGCAGCCCCCUUCAAGGCCUGCGUAGCAUGUCUUUCCGGCCUGUCGUCAACAGUCUGGCACCGACCGUCUUCACCCAGUCCCAAGAUGCCAACGCGCCGAACGCCCUUGCCGGCCCGAUUCCCCGCGUGCGCUACGGCAUCCGCAGGACAAACUCGCUCCCGGACCGGCUAAGCCAACACUACCGUCCCCCCGGCGCUAUGAUGCCCUCGCAGAUCCCGCUAGCUCACCCACCUACGGUAGCCCUUGCCGAGAUGGAAAAUGUUGGUCAACUGUCGCGCACUGCGGCCGUCAUUCUGCUCCUCGUCUCGACCGCCCUGGUCGCCGUGUGCGCCGAGUUCAUGGUGGACUCGAUCAACGGGCUCGUCGAGACGAGCAACGUCAGCGAAAUCUUCAUUGGCCUCAUCAUCCUGCCCAUCGUGGGCAACGCGGCCGAGCACGUCACAGCCAUCACGGUGGCCAUGAAGAACAAGAUGGAUCUCGCUAUCGGCGUCGCUGUCGGCAGCUCCAUCCAGAUCGCCCUCUUCAUUACGCCACUGGUUGUCAUCAUCGGGUGGGGCUUGGAUCGUGAGAUGACACUCUACUUUACGCUAUUCGAGACGGUCUGCCUGUUUGUCUCGGCCUUCAUCACCAACUUCCUAGUGCUCGACGGCAGGAGUAAUUACCUGGAGGGCGCGUUAUUGAUGUCGACUUAUGUCAUUAUCGCCGUCGUGGCUUUCUUUUACCCCAGACCUGAAGAGGCAUCCGCCUGGGGUGCUUAAGCCACAAGGAAGCUCUGGUUGUGAGACUGGGAUCAAAGACCCUUGGGAUGGAGGAGUCGCCGGUUGCAGAACAUCCGGGACACCCAGCAUAGCAUAUGUAGGUAUCCAUGAGCUAGCUGGAGCACUAAAACCACUAGCUGGUCAAUCAUAAAAGGGAUCUUCCCACUAAAUUUAUAUUUUUGUAUCGUGAUUCUCAUGUUGGAGGGUGAAAAGUUAUCCAACCAUCGUUCUAGAACAUGCAUAUAAAC